UUCUUUAACAAAAACACACGCUAAAGAUUCAGCUUUUUUUGUUUUUGUUUUUCUUUCUAAUUAAAAAUAUUUAAGAACAAACAAAAAAAAUAGAUAAAUCUUUUUUUUUUAUUUGUUUUUAGAAAAAAAAAAAACAUUUUUUAAAAAAACAAAGAAGUAAAAAAAUUGAUCACAAAAUUUGAGUUUCAACUAUUUUUUUUUGUUUCUUCUUCAAAAAGAACAUCAGUUCUGUUAAAAAAAAAAAAAUUAUUAAAAAUUUAAAGAAUUCAAAUAGUUAAAAUUUUUUUUUUUUCAUUGGGUUUUAAGACGUUACACUAUAUUAUACAAAAAUAAAUUAAAAAUAAGUAAACGACGCUAAAAAAUUGAAAAAAAAAAUCGACCAAAAAAUAAAAAAAAAAAAAGUUUAAUUUGAAAAAAGGAGGAAAUUUUUGAUCUUCAAAAUGGAGGUUUCUGAAACAUCUGAUAACUCUGGUGUUCAAAAGAGCUCUGAAGCGAUUUCUGAAAGCUCUCAAGAGGAUGGUAAGGAUAUUGUUGUCAGCAAAGAAGAAAUAACAAAAACUGCUGAAGAUGGAUCAACAACAACAACAAUUGUUGUAAAAAAAAAAGUUUUAAUUAAAAAUCCUCCUGAAACUAAAUCUGAAGAGAAUGUUGAUGAAACUGUUACAAAGAAAGUUGAAAUAAACGACGAUGAAAAUGAAGAAAUUGAAGAGGAGAUUAUUGAAUAUGUUGAAGGUGAUGAUGAUGAAAAUGGUAAUGUUGAAACUGUUGUAGAAACAGUUGUUGUUUCAAAAAAAACAUCAUCAUCGUCACCAUCUGAUGGUAAUAAUAAUGAAAAUAAUAAAAAUGAUAGCGAAGCAUCAUCAACGACAACAACAAAAACUAUAACGAAAAAAAUAAUUAUACCAAAAAGUGAAAGUAUUGAAUCUGAAAAAGAAUCACCACGAACAUCAACAUUAAUUGAAAGUGAUGAAGAUGAAAAGAAAAUAACUGAAAGCCCUCAAAAAGAAAAGGUGGAAGAAAAACCAGAAAAAGCUUUAAAGGAGGAAAAGAGUGAACCGACUUCAAAAGAAGCUAGUGAAGCUCCUAAAACAAUUUCAAAGGAAAUAAUCAAAGAAGAACCAGAAGAAGAAGAAAAACAAGAGGCAGAAGUUGAGCAAAAAACAACAAAACAAUCUUCUCAAGCUGUUAAAGAAGAAGAAGAAGUAGAGGAAGUUGAAGAAGUAGUAGAAGAAGAGGAAGAAGAGGAGGAAGAGGAAGAAGAAGUUGAAGAAGAAUCUAUUAAAAAAUCAACUGAAAAUAAAGUACCAUCAUCUAAACCAGUUGAUGGCAUAGAAGAUAAAAUAGAAGCAAGUGAAAAAGUUUCUAUUACAAAACCACCAUUACCAAAACAACAAUCAUCUGAACAAAUGCAACAACAACAACAAACAACAAAGGUAGGAACAGAAAAUUGUGUUGAACAAAAUAGCUUGCUUAGCUUAGCAUCUAACAGUUGUACAUCAUCUGAUGAUAUAAAGCAGAAUAUUAAAAAUCAAUUAAAGGAUAUUAUAUCAGAUAUUGAUCGUAUUAUUAAACAGGAUGAAGAUAUACCACCACCAACCUCAUUGUCAUCUUCAGGUAGACAAUUAGAACCGCAACAACAGCCACAACAACGUCAGGUAUCAAAUUUGACAACACGUGAAGAAACUCAAGAAGAUGGUUAUAUUAAAAAAAGUGAAACAAUUGAAAGAAAUGAAAUACAAGUAAAGCCAAACAAAUGCAAACAUAUUUGCGCAUGUACCAACCCGGCUUUUUGUUUCUAUAGUCAGGAUCAUGGUGACGGAAGAACUGAAGUUCGUAGCACCGAAACGAAAACAAUCAUUCAAUCGACUAAUCCUCCAUACUAUAACAAUUUACCCUAUCAACAACAACUACAACAUCAACAACGUCAACAACAUAUUCCUUACUUAAAUGAUUCUGAUUUAAAAGGACAUCGUUCAAUGUCAUUACCUUCACAUAAUCAAUUUGUAUCCGAGCAAACAUCAUCAACAACAAAAAGAGUAGAUCUACAAAAAAUUUUCACCCCUGCAACAGAUGCUGACGAAAUUUUACCCAAAUCAAAUCGAAAACUAUAUGCAUCCUCGGCAUUUUACUCACCUAACCUCCAUCCAACCGUGGAGGAUCAGGUUGAGUUGGCUCGCAGGAUUUCACAUUCAUUGAGCGAUAUUAGCAAUCAACAAUCGAAGGGUCAAACGAUGUAUGUUAAUCGUAAGAAGCGAUCUGUCAAAUGGGUUCAUGAGGGUGAAGGAUGUGCUGAUAUCCCUGAAUUCAAUGGUUAUCAUCAUGAAGAACAUAAAGAGAAUGAAUCGUAUAGCUAUCAUGACAAAUUACCACUUAAAUUGGUUAUGAAUCCGCGUGGUCAAGUACGAGAUUUCUCCUCAGUACGUCAAGAAUAUAAUACGGAAUCCGGUUUGUUAUCACCAGAUAAAUGUGCUGAACUUGUUGCUGGUUUAAACGCUCCAAAAGGAAAAGGAGCUGAAUUGUUCGCAAAACGUAGAAAGAAGUCUGAGAAAUGGAUUGUUGAUGAAACAAAUGCUGCACAAUCUAGCCCAUCUGGUGUAACACCAUAUGCAACAACGUCACCAAAUAUUUUACCAGCAUAUUCAGAAGCUGGAAGGGCACGUGUUCAAUUGAAUAUGCAUCAAGAUCAAUUAACUGAUUUAUAUGCCCAACAAUAUGGUCAUCAACGUGUUAAACUAGUAAAAACACCAUGGGAAGCAGCAUUAGAAACUGGUUCAGCAGCUGCUGCAUUCGAAAGUGAUGUACCAACAUUUAAACAACCAUCUAGUUUUCAAUCAUCAUCACAAAAUUAUGGUGGAGCUGCUGAUUAUAAUCAAAUUUCAUCACAAUCAUAUUAUGAAACUGCAGAGUCAACCAAAUUACCGAAAACUUCUCCAUAUCAACCAAGAACUGCAUGGCAACCAAAUAGCCAAAGAGAUUUAGCUUAUAAACCAAGUAUACCACAAGGUUGGAAUGCACCAGCAACAUCUUUACCAAGAGAUAUUAAUAAUACUGAUUAUAAUGUAGAUUACAAUCUUGAUAUAAAUGAUUAUAAAAACAAUAAUAACAAUAAUAACUGUAAUAUGGAAUAUCGUAACACAAAUCAAAUGAAAAAAAAUUUAAGUAGUGAAUCACCAUCUGCAACAACAUCAAUAGAUAGUGGUAUUGUAUAUCAACAUCAGCAGCAUGAGGAACACGAACAACAAUUAAAGCAGGAACAUCAACAGCAUCAAUUAUUACAAAUACAUCAACUGGAGAAACAUAAACAAAAUCAAGAAACAAUAAAUACUAUAGAACAGCAACUUUUCGUUCAACAACAGCAAUUAAAACAAUAUAAAAGACAACAAUCGCAUGAAAUUGAUAAUCAUGAAUAUGAUUAUAAUCACCAUUUUGAUAAGAAUUAUUUAAAAUAUGAUAAUAUUGAUAAUAAUGUUGUAAAUUAUAAUAAUGAUAAUGAAUAUUUAUUAAAUGAAUAUGCAACAUUCAAAAACUGUAUUAAUAAUACAAGUAUUAUUAAAUCUACAUUAUCUAAUACAAAUGUUAUAACAGAUAAAAUCAUGGAAAAUGAAAAUUCAGAUAGAAAUUCUAAUACUAUAUCAAUAAAAUCGGAAAAACAGCAAACAGCACAUCAACAAUAUCAGCAACAAACUUAUAAAAAAGAGCAAUUAAAACAACAUGAAUAUGAUAGAAAUAAUGUCAUAAAUAAUAAUGAAAAAAUGAUUGAUGAUAAUAUAAUUGAUGUUAAAGUAUCACAAAGAAAAGCAAUAUUUGAAAGGCAAAUACAGGAGCAACAACGUAAAUUUGAAGAACAAGAGAAACAAUUACGCAUAUUACAUCAUCGUAAAUUAAGUAAUGAAAUAUUAAAGAAACAAAAGGAACAACAGUAUCAACAGAAACAGCAAUUUCAACAAAAAUAUCUAUUGAACAAGGAGAAACAACAGCAACAAAACCAAAUUGAAGAACAAACACAAUAUAAUAAUAAUAAUAGUAAUAGUAAUAAUACGGAGCAAAUUCUUUUGAUAAAUUCUGCCAAAGAAAAUUCUCAAUAUAAAAAUAAUAAUAUGAUAAUAAAGAAUAAUCAAAAUUUUUAUAAUAAUAAUAACAAUGGUAAUAUUAAUAAUAAUAACAAUAUUCAUAAAAAUGUAUCUAAUAAUGAUUUAUACAUCAAUAAUACCAAUACUAAAAAUGAUAAUAAUGAAAAUAAUAAUAAUAAUAAUUAUAAAAACGAUAACAAUAGUAACAAUAACGAUAUUAAUAAUAACAAUAAUGAUGAUAAUAAUAAUUAUACAAAAAUACCAGUUAAACAAUUAAUAUCAUCAUUUGAGCAUCAAGUACAUCAGACAAAAGAUAAACUUGCAUUAAGUAGAAAAUAUCAAGAACAAUUAGAAAAAUAUAUGAAAGAGAAAUCUGGUUCAUCAAAUAUAACAUUAAACAUAUGGUUCCCAAAUAAAUAUAAUGACAAUGAUGUAAAUAAUAACCAUUAUGAUAAUAAUAAAGAUAUGUUACAAAAUCAUGAAAAUGAUAAUAAUAAUAAUAAUAAUAAUAAUAAUAAUAAUAAUAAUAAUAAUAAUAAUAUUGAAAAUAAAAAUAAUUUCAUAUUACAACACAUUGAGGCAGAGACAAGUAAUAAAUAUAAUGAUAACUUAAAGCAAGAUAAUAAUAAUAAUAAUAAUAAUAAAAUGGAUCAAAAUGAUAAUGUUAAACGAAUAAAUGAUAACGAUAAUAAAACUGAUGAAAAUGAUAAUAAUAAAGAGUUAUACGUUCCUAAAGAAAUACCUUUAGAUGGUUAUAAUCCACCAUCAACAGAAAAAUAUUUACCAUCAAACCCAUCAGCAUAUUCAUCAUCUGGUUAUGGUAGUGGUGGUACUAGUAGUUUUCCAAUAACAUCAAGUAAUUAUUCAACAUCAUCAACAUCAUAUUCAAACUAUGGUUUACCAACGACAAAUUAUGGUUCAUCAAUAUCGUCAACAACAACAAAAUUAACAUCAAACAAUGAAAAAUUAGCAUCAUAUAAUGAUUAUGGUCAAUCAUGUACAACUGAUAACACAUCAUCACAUUAUGAAGUAACAAAAUCUUUUCCAUUAUCAACACAUUCAGCAUAUGAAUCAGCAAUUACUCGUUCAACAAGUGGUGGUGGUAUUGGUGGCAGUAAUAAUGAAUAUGGUGGCUCAUCAUCAUAUUCAGCAACAACAAUACAACAAUCUCAAAGUAGUAGUGGUGGUGGUGCUGGUGGCCAGCAGCAUCAUUUUCCAUUAUCGAAUAAAUCAGCACAAUAUUAUUCAUCACCACCAUCAUAUAAAGGAAUUAAUAAUUGGAAACAAACUAGUGGUGUUGUUAAUCAUCAUCCAUCAACUAAUUUUAAUCCAUCACCAUUGCCAUAUGAAAAAUUGGCUAAAUUUGAAAAUCCAGAUCCAGAUGAUGUAACUACAUCAUAUUAUCCGCCAAGACAUCAUAUACCAAUACGUUCACCAUCAAAACCACGCAAUAUAUCAUCACCAUCAGGUCAAUAUUUAUCAAGUUCAGCACCAGUUGGUAGUGGUGCUGUUGGUGGUAUUGGGGGUCAUCAUAUCACAUCAUCAUCAUCACCAUUAAAUGUAACAUCAUCGUAUAAUGUGUCUUCCUCAACAACAUCUCAAACAGUUGCGCCAAAAUCUCAUCAUCAUCAUGGUGGUAGUUAUAAUAAAUGUAAAAAUUAUAAUACAGCCGCACGUGGUUGGGGACAAUCAUCAAAUUGUUAUAAACCGAUAACAUUUGGUUUAUCUGAUGGCCCGGGGAUUGGUGUUGGUUCAGUUGGUAUAACAGCAACUGGUGGUGCUAAUAUGCCCUAUACAGAUUUUUAGAAAAGAAAAUCUAGAUGUGUUUAAAAAAAAAUAAAUUUAUAAAAAAAUUGUAUAAUUAAAGAUUCUGUUAUUGGCUUAUAUAUGUAUAUUAUGUGUAUACAUACAUAUAUAUGUGUAUAUAUUAUUUUAUUAGUUUGUUUUUUUUUCUUUUAAUAAUUUAUUAUCUUAUUCAUUUUUGUCAUAAUAUUUCAUUUAAUUUAUAGUAACUAAAAAUUAUUGUUCUCUUUAUUUAAUUUAAGAUUAGAAAGAAACAUUAUUCAUUCUUAAAUUUUAAAAACUAAAAUUUACAUUGAUUCAAAGUCAAGAUAAUAUAUUCAAAACAAAAUUAAAUUUAGACAUAAAUAUAUGUGUUCUAUUUAUUCUAAAAGCUAUUAAUAAUUGAUAGUAAGUUCUUUUAUUAUUAUUCUUGAAGAUGGUAAUCAAAUAACUAUAACUUUUUGUAUUAAAACCAUUUUAUCUUAAAAUGAACGUACAGAAAAUUAUGGCGUUGUAUGUAUACAAAACAAAUGUAUAAAAAACAAAUUGUUUUUCAAACAAAAUCAAAUAAAGAUUUUAACAUCAAAUAUUUUUAAUCUUAAACAAGAUCAAUUAAAAUAUAAUUUAAUUUGUUUUUUUUUUUUGUUUACGAAUAUUUUUGCUGUAUUUUUAAACAUUUUCAAUAAAGUGAUUUUUUAUAUCAAUAAAAAAAUUUGAUUCUUAAAAAAGGCUUAGUGAAAAUAAUUUGCGUAAUAUUUUUAAGUUAAAGUAUUUGUCAGUAACAAAAAAAAAGAACAACAUUUGAACAUAUAAAAAUGAUAUUGAAAUUUAUAAUUAAUACCAAAAUAAAAAUUACAUAUAUAUAAAUGUAUUUUGUUAUAUUAUUUUUACUAGAAAAGCCAAAAACUAAAAAAAAAAUAAUAUUGUAUUUAGUAUCAUUACGGAUAUUUUUGUUGGCCAAUUGAUAAAUUAUAAUUUCAAAUUUUACUCUUUAACUUUUUUGUAUAACGUUGACAUCUUUCAGUAGAUUGUAAAACGAUUUUCGCAAUAGAAUUGAUCAAUUUAAACCUUUAUCAUGUUAAAUUUAAUAAUAAAAUUUUAUAAAUGAUAUGAAAAUGAUAUGAAAUCAUCAUUUAAAGCAUUAUCAAGAAAAAUUAUCUUAUUGAUUGGAUUAAUAAUUAUAAAUAUUUAAAUAAUUCAAUUCAAAUUCAAAUAAAAAUAGAUUGAUUGAUAAUAUUUGAAAAUUGUUUAUAUAUUGGAUUAUUAAUUAAUUAAUAAAUAAAUUUGUUUUUCGUUUUAGACGAUUGUAAAAAUUAAUAUUGUUUUUUUUUUUUCGAUUUAUUUCUCUUUUGACAUAAAAUCAAUAAUAUAUUCUUAAAUGUAGAGAUUGAACUCACUCAUUUACGAUUUUUAGGUUACAUUUUUCAUCUUGCAUUUGUUUAUUUAUAAUAAAUGCAAUAAUCAUUGCAUAAAGAAACUUUUCUUAACUAUUAUACAAUGAUUACUAGUACAGAAAAUUAUAUAUAUAUCAUGUAUAAUACAAACUAUCAUGGUGACAUAAAAUUAUGUAAAGUUAUAUGAAUAAAUAACUUAAUUAUAUUUUGAAAAAUUAAUUAAAUUUGGAAAUGUUUAAUAUACAAUUGCUUAUAUACAAUGUUCAUAAUAUACAUAUAUAUAUAAAUUUUGCAAUAUUUAAAAUUUAAUAUUAAAAAUGUAAAAAUUUCAACUCAAAUUAAAAAAACAAGAAAAUGUUUAACAUUAUUAUUAUAUAAGAAAUUUUUAUUUCGAUUGUAAUAAGAAAAUGAACAGAUAUCUUAAAAAUUUAUUCUAGAUUUUAUUUAAUUUUCAUUUAAUUUCCUCAUUUAGUACUUUUGUGAAAUUAAUUUUUUUUUUCCUUAAAGAAAUUUGAUUUAAAUUGAAUUUUUUUUUUUGUAUAGUUUUAUAAUAUCAAGCAAUGUGCCAGCUUUUAAAUAGUCAAAUGUUGUUUUGAAUUAUGCAUUGACGAAAAAUAGGAAAAUUCAAAAAAUUUUUUUUUUUUUAAAUCUUUGAUACUUUUUUCAAUUACACCAGAUUUUUUUUUGUCAUAAACUGUUAUUUCAUAGAUUAGGUGAAAUUAUAAUCACAAUUAUUUUUUUUUUUUAAAUAAUUGCUAUAACAUUUUUAAAACCAUUCUACGUUUUGUAAUAUGUUUGAGUUUGAAAUUUUAAAUUUGAAAUUUACUUUUAGUAUUUCAAUAAAAUACAUUUUUUUUUUUGCUUAAUAUAAUUUAUAAGAUAUUUAAUUUUAACUUUUUUUAAUACAUUUUAUUUAGAUUUGAACAUCAAAUAAUUAUAAUCUUGUUUUAUUUUUAAAUUUUCUUUUUUUUAAUAUUAUUACAUAUAUAAAAUUAGUUAUUAUAUGAACAAAAACUAGAAAAACAAAACAUUAGUUUUUUUUUGUUAAUUUGUUAUUACUAUAGCUGUUUGUUGAACGCUUUUAGUUAUUUAAAUUAUAUAUUUAUAUAUAUUUAUAUUAUUUUUAAUUAAUUACCUUUUACCGUAACAAUACAAUUUAUAAAAUUUAACAGAAAACAAUUUGAAAUGUCAAAAUUGAAAGUUAUUUGAUCAAAAAUAAUAUUGAUUUUUUCAUAAUUUUUCUUUUUAAUUUUUGUUUGAUGUUUAGAUAUUCUUAAAAGGGUCGUGUAUAACUUAUUUAUGUUAGUUAUAUUUUAUUUAUAUGAAAAAUACUUACGUACAUCAUAUAUUUAUAUAUACUAUUAUAUUAUAAACAAACAAAAAAAAUUACAUAAACACAAAAAGAAGAAAAACAAAUGUGACUCGAAUAUUUUGGAAGAUUGUCCUUAAAACUCUACCAAAAAUAAAAAAAAAUUAAAAAAGAAGUUAAAAAAAAAUAAUGUUUUAAAAAUUUUUGUUUAAAUUUUUACAAUUUUGUUUUCUUAAUUCUCUUUAUUUAUUUAUUUAUUUAUUUUUGUUAAUCUCGACGCGACAUUGUUACUUAAAUACA